AUGGAGUGGACGCCGAACCCGCCGCCGCCCGCUGUGCAGAAGCGGACGCCGCCACCGCCUCCACAGGCGCCAACGAUCGUCCCAGCUCGCCACAUCCCAAAGGUCGUCCCGCCACCACGAAGGAAGCAGGUACCAGCAAAGGAGCCGGCAGUACCGGCAGCGCCGGGGGCAGUGCCGGCGGAAGUGGCAAAGGAGCCUGCACCGUUUCGGGCAGUACCGGUACCGCCGAGGGAGCCACCACCACCACCGGCGGAGGCGGCACCGGUACAGCCAAAGGAGCCACCAGCAGCGGAAGUACAAGUACCACCAGCAGAGCCACAACAGCCUGGACUGGUGCCGCCGAGGAUCGAAAAGGAGCCGCCGCCACACUCGAAUGUAACGGUACCGGCGAGGAGAGUGGUGGGGGUGCUGGUGACACCACCGAAGUUCGCGAAGAAAGCCGCAGCAGAAGCAGUGAAGGCACCUGGUGCCUGGGUGGAGGCCCCGGCCUUUACGGUUGAAGACCUUCGCACAGAGCGCCCACCAGACGAGUUCAUGGCGGUAGCAGCGGCACUGGGGCGUGAGUACGCCUUAGCAGGCGCACGACCCUUGCAGGCCCCGACGGUGGCUGCACCCGAGGCGGCGGCGGAUGCUGGACGGGGCCGGCAGACGGCUUACAGCAUGAGCGGGCGCAUGGCUUUGCCGUAUGGCAGAGAGGAUCCCUUUGCACCGAUGUCGCCGCCGCAGGAGGACGCCACAGGCGGUGUGGGACAGAAUGCCGCACGGCCCCCGCUUCACAGGAAGCGUUUGGUGUUGGACGAAGUCGAGGCCGAGGUGGAGGUUGAGACCAACACAGCCAGCCGAGAGCAAGCGCGAUUUCCCUGGGACGAUGUUCGACGUCGCCACGACACCAGACAAGCCCCCCAGGAGGAACCCGGCACGUCGAGCCAGGCAACGGCGCAGCCUACCAAUAAAGCACCGCCGACC